AUGUCAGACUCAGACACCCCACUACCUCCAACCCAUCGUUAUAACCACGCCUCUCGUGAGAACCAAACCAUCACACCCGGCAUGGACAAUCUCGGUCCCAGCUCGCCGGGCGGUGGCAUCAGCGGCAUCGCCCUAGGAAUCGCCAAUACACACAGUCGCCAAAGCGGCAUCGACGCAUCUCGCGGCAUAGACGACGGCUUCACUGGCCCCGCCGAGCGCGAGUAUCACACAACCGGCUCAGACACACCCUACGUGCCCUCACCUUAUGCCGGCCCGGACUCGUUUCCUGCCGAACACCACGCAUUAAAUAUGGCGAGAGGCGGCGCGCUGGCCUCGCCCGCUUUGCAGACGCCCAGUCAGUCGUCGGUGCAGCUGAGCGAUCCCGCACACAGCCCGUACCCAUACCCCCCGACUUAUUCGGGCAUCACUGAUGGGCCCUAUCAGCGACAUUCAACCGCGUACAGCAAUGGUGAGAUGACGAAUAUUAACCCCGAUGAGAUCGUCGAUGAUGGCGAUGAGGACUUUGGGCCCCCGCGGAGUCGAGCUGCGCCUGCUGCUGCGGGUGCCGCUGGUGGCGCCGCGACUGGUGGCAUUCUGACUGGAUUGUUUGGGCGAGAGAAGAAUGUUGAUGUUGCGUAUGACUCGGUUCCUGGUGGUGGGGUGGAGAGCGGAGGAGCCUCGGGGAGAUCACAGAGUAACGGAAUAGACGGGCGCAAGAAGAUGGGCUGGAUUGUUGGUCUUGUUCUUGGGUUUGUGAUUCUGGGUGCCAUCAUCGGUGGUGCGGUGGGCGGUACAAUUGGCAGCCAUCAUCACGCGAACCAGUCGAAGGUUGCUGCCGGUAGUUCAGACACUGCUACCGGUGAUGUGAAGACCAAUGGGGACCUUGGCAAGGAUUCCGCUGAGAUCAAGGCCUUGAUGAACAACACCAAUCUCCACAAGGUCUUCCCUGGAAUGGACUACACACCGUGGGGCGUGCAGUAUCCGGACUGUUUGAAAUGGCCUCCGUCGCAGAAUAAUAUCACCCGUGACAUGGCUGUCCUGUCGCAGUUGACUAAUACAGUGCGUCUUUACGGUACGGACUGCAAUCAGACUGAAAUGGUUCUUCAUGCCAUUGAUCGCCUCGAGCUGAAGGAUAUCAAACUUUGGCUCGGCGUCUGGAUUGACUCGAACACCACCACGACUCAACGCCAGAUCACGCACCUCUACAAGCUCUUGGACGACACCAAAGACACAUCCAUCUAUAAGGGUAUCAUUGUCGGCAACGAAGCCCUCUUCCGUGCCGGCUCUAGCAAGCAGUCUGCCGAGACGACCUUGAUCUCGUAUAUCAGAAACGUCACAAAGGAGGUCAAGAAGCGCAACCUGGAUCUAUUGAUUGCCACCUCCGACCUUGGUGAUAACUGGAAUGCUGAGUUAGUGGAGGAGGUGGAUGUCGUCAUGUCCAACGUCCAUCCCUUCUUCGCCGGUGUCAACGUCGAUGUUGCUGCUGCGUGGACAUGGGAUUUCUGGCAGACCCACGAUGUGGACUUGACCAAGGGCACGAACAAAACGCAGGUCAUUUCAGAGGUCGGAUGGCCCAGUGGCGGCGGCAAAGACUGCGGUGAUAGCUCGGUCUGCGACGACGACACGCCUGGUUCUGUCGCCAGCAUCGAGAACAUGAACACUUUCAUGGCCGACUGGAUCUGCCCGGCGCUGGAAAACGGAACUGAUUAUUUCUGGUUCGAGGCAUUCGACGAACCAUGGAAAAUCCAGUUCAACACGCCCGGGAAGGAAUGGGAGGAUAAAUGGGGUCUGAUGGACUCGGCACGCAAGCUCAAGACAGGUAUCAAGAUCCCAGACUGCGAUGGCAAGACGGCCUCGUAA